AUGGGAAUUUGGGGAUACUUGGCUAUUCUGAUUGGGCUUUGAUAUUUGGUGAAAUUUUUAUGGCCGCCUGCGAAGAGGAAAAAUAUUCUGGUUGUGCUAGGGAGCGGAGGCCAUACAACGGAAAUGACCACUUAUUUAAAAAAACUAGAUUUUUCUUUGGUUGAGAAUGUGGAUUUUAUAUGUGCUGAAGAUGAUAAAGUGUCCAAGGAAAAGUUCAGGCUGCAUUUUUUAAAUAGAGGGAGAUUAUAUGAGAUUUUCAGAAGCAGAAAGGUAGGGCAGUCUUAUAUUUCAAGUGUUUUUACGACGCUUUAUAGCUUUAUACCUGCAAUAUUUUUGGUAUUGAAAUUAAGACCUGACUUAAUUGUUACAAAUGGCCCAGGGACAGCUUUGCCAGUGUGCUACUCAGGCUUUAUUUUAAGAUUGUUAAGAAUUUCCAGGACGAAAAUAGUUUUUAUUGAAAGUUUUUGUAGAGUAAGGACUUUAUCUUUGGCUGGGAGACUGAUUUAUCCAAUAACUGAGCAGUUUUAUGUCCAAUGGGAGUAUUUGCAGAGAGAUAAUCCUAAGUGUAGAUAUAUUGGCUUAUUAGUCUAG